AUGCGUGCACGCCGCCUCGCGUUCUUGAUCUUCGUAUUUGUGGCCGAUAUCUCGCUCGAUGUCGCUGCUAUAGACCUGAGCAGCACGCCCCGUUUGAAGGCAACUACACUCACGUCAAAUAUUGUGCCAAAGCUUCACGGUGUCGCUGACGACAAGCGCCCACUCGCUGAGCACGGCAACGAGGAGAGAGUUGGUGGAAACCCGGACUUAUUGGUAGUACGGGAGGCUGAAGAACUGGCGUCGGCGAUUCGCAGAACAGAGUCGUCCUCCACCCAAGCAUCUCUCAUGGUGAUAGAUGACAAGGCUCAUGGCUUUGACAAGUGGCUUGAGAUGAUCCACACUCAUACUAAGGAACAAGGCGAUUGGUUUGACCCGGAAGAGGUAAAACGCUUGUCGCGCUCUAAUGCGAACAAAGACAUGCUACAGUUCAGUCUAUGGCUUCUUGACCGCCCCGGCGACAUGAAGAGUCGCACUCAUUACAUUCAGAACUUGAUCUGCAAGAACAAUGCGGAAGCGACUAAGACACUCACAAAGAUGUGGCUGGAACGGGAGACGAGUCCCAACGACGUUUUUGAAUCUGUGAAAGAUUGGGAGAAUGGAUUGGACGUAUGGUUUAAUUACGCUGCCUCGUAUUGGAAUUUGGUGGGUACCCCUCAAAAGUACUCCUUAAAGUUGGCGUUGGAUAACUACCUACAUUUUUGUUCGUUUAUGCCAAAGCGGCUGUACGGCAUCUACAUUCAAGAGCAUCUUGAGAGUAGUCCCAGCACGUUUGCUCAGCUGUUGCAAAAUGCUCUAUUUCAUCACUUGUAUAAAACGUUGAAAAAGACGCCGGCUUCAAUGUCAACUUUGUUAGCGCGUGGACAUCCUGGAAUUUUAUCGGUAAUCCAAUUGGGCUGGAACAGUGUCGAGUUUCGCACAUUCGAAGCCUACACCUUGUAUCACGCACGUGGAAAAGGUUACGAGCAGAAGGCGAAGAGCGCGUUCGAUUCGAAGAACAUGGAGACGAUAUCCAAAUUCGUUGAGGGGAUCAAGUAG